AUGCCAGCUCUCGAGGGUGCCAUCGGCAGGAAGCGCGCCGGCGAGCGCGUCAGGAAGAUGCGGAUGCGCCUCGUCAGCCACUCCAAGGAAUCCUACAGCCUCCUGUCGAAAAAGAGGAGGCAGCAACUCGAGCAGUCGGUCUACUGUGAAACGGACUCUGCGCGCAGGAGCCCUGGCGAGAAUCAUCAGGAUGCCAGGAGCACGGACAAACUCAAGGGCCCGACGCAGGAUCUAUUCGAGCUGCUGGAACGGGUGCAGAGCUCGCGCCUCGACGAUCAACGCUGCGUCCUGCCACCGUACUUUAGCCAGACGUCCCGAGAUGAGCGAACGGCGGCGAGUAACACGAGUCCCAAUACCCAGCAGAGCGGGACGCCGACGCCGGUGCCGUCGCCCGUGGGCGAGGCGCCCCUCGGACGCGCCCUGAUGGAGACGGCGAUACAGCAGUCGGCGGCCUUGGCCCUGCCGCCCCCGAUGGUUGUCACGCCACCGGGAUACUGGUGCGACGGCACCGAGCACAGACACAACCUCGACUCCGCGGGCAGAGCGAUGCUACCGGCUCAGCCGGCCUGGCAGCCGAGAAUCGACCAGGACGACACGGCCAAGUGCUACAGGCGCUUCUUCGUCGGCAGGGAGCACUUGAACCUCGUCGGCCGAGACAUCGAUAAUGGACCGGUGUUGGUGUCGAUAAAGGCGGAAACUGUAGCUGGCCAGGAACAUUGGAGGGUGCUGCUGCGGCUGAGGGCCGGAUCAGUUCACGAGCUCGUGCCCGCGGCAAAUCUGGGGCCGAACCCCUCGCCAGCGAAAAUGGUCAAGGCGGUGAACGAGUCGUUGAGCGUGAGCAACCUCAUGCCAGUGGUCUGCUCGGGGGCUGGUAGUCUCAUCGCCCGGUACGACGAGCACGCCCUUGUCUCGCGAUUCAAGUUCGGCGUGCUACAUCAGCGGGCGCGCCAGGUCACCGAGGAGCAGCUCUUUGGCAACUGCCUCAUCACGCCGGCCUUUCAGGAAUUCCUCGACCUGCUCGGCCAACGGAUCGACCUCAAGGACCACAAGGGGUACGGAGGCGGACUGGACACGCGACACGGACAGACGGGCGACUCAGCGGUGUACGAGGUGUUCCGGGGCAGGGAGGUCCUCUUUCACGUGGCCUCCCUCCUACCCUACAGCCCCGGGGAUUCGCAGCAGCUGCAGCGCAAGCGCCACAUCGGUAACGAUAUCGUCGCCAUCAUCUUCCAAGAGGAGCCGACACCCUUCAGCCCCGACAUGAUCGCCAGCCACUUUUUGCACGCCUUCAUCGUCGUACAGGUCAUCGAUCCCUGCACACCCAACACCAGGUACAAGGUGAGCAUCACGGCGAGGGACGACGUGCCGUGGUUUGGUCCGACCUUACCGACGCCUGCCGUUUUUCUCCGCGGAGUCGAAUUCAAGGAGUUCCUGCUUACGAAACUCGUCAACGCGGAGAACGCCGCCUACAAGGCCGAAAAAUUCUCGAAACUGGAGCUGCGGACGCGGUCAUCCCUCCUGGAGUCCCUCACCGUCGAGCUACAAAGGAAGACGAGCGAAUUUCUGGGCGGCGGAGCGGCAAGUCUCGGUGUCUUCCUCGGUAACUGCUCGGUAAGCCCGACCUCGAACGACGUCUCGGGCUCGGGAUCCGGCGGCAGCGGCUCGCGCUUCAUCGACACCGUGCGCAAGGCACUCAUAUCCCGGGUGCGCAACGCCUCGACCGAAAGCGUGCCUCAGCAGCUCUCGAAGAAGGCCCAGUCGCUCGAGCCGAGCCCACCCAGCAGCAGACAGUCGACCAGCAAACUCACCGGGGCCAAGAGGCCCGUCGAGCCCUCCAGUCCACUAGGAUCGCCCGACCUGACGCUCAGGAGGGACUCGGAUCGCGGCAGCCCGAGCCUCGGUAGCCAGGACAGCAGUCUCUCGAACGCCGAGAACCAGGAGAGUAGCAGCCUGACGACUGCGGUGCCCCAGGAGGAGGAGAAGCGCGAGGGCGGAUGCCCGGUGAACGGGCUCGCGCCCGACCCGAGCCACCCGGACAAAUGUGCGUCCACGGGCUCCUCGAGCGGGUCGGCCUUCCAGAGACUCACCCACGAAAAUCUGCGUAAGCGCGAGGAGCGCACCGCGCUACAGCAUCCGGAGAAGCCCGAGGGUCAGCAACGAGUCGUCUCCGAGAGCGACGACAGUUCCCUGAAUAGCGAGCUCGAGCUCGAUCAGGCCGUCUACCCGGACAGCGACACCGGCCUCGAGAGCAUGAGCUCCGCGGAGACGCACGAGGCGCGCUGCGCUAGCAAGGACGCCGGCCUCGGGACCGUCGUCACCGAGACGGACAGCCUCAGGCAAGAGGUCACGAGGCUCAAGUGCGACAAGCUGGACUUGUUGAGGCAGAACGUGACCUGCCAACGGGACAUCAAACGCCUGCGCGAGAAGGAGCUGCAACUGCAGUCCGACCUUGCGGCCGCCUCGAAGGAGAUCCUCCGAUUACGGACGAUGCUCAAGGAAUGCUCAACGGGCAUCAGCCUCGACAACAACAACCAGCAGGCGUCGACGGUGUGAGGGGAAGCUCGUGAUCCUCCUCGACUUGCGCUGGUGUUGGAGACAGAGAACGAGUAUUCGCCUCGGAGCCUGCGGAAGCAUUGGAAGGAGAUUAAGGGCCGCGGGAGGAAGGAUGCCGUUAUACGAUGCAGAAAGAUAGAUAGAGAGAAAGGGCAUUAAAGCUGAAAAGGAAUGGAAAAAUCAGUUGAAAAGAAAAAC